ACAAAGUGCAUUGAAGAAGAAGACGCACCGGACCACUUUCAGUGACACCCACAUGAAAAUAAUGGCGCUCUCUUAAUGCCUGUGAACCUGUGAAGAACUUUCUCUCUUUUGUGAGUGUUAAAAAUCAGAAGAUUUGUAUGGUUUCUGUUUGCAUUUUGGCUUAUGGUCAAGUCAGCGGCUACCAAUAUCAACAAACUUGUGAUAUUUGCACGAAGACGACACGUUUUGAUUGUAGGCUAAGUAGCUGGCAGCAAGACUCUCAUUUGUGAUGUUGAUAUCUCACGGAAAGUCUAAUUGGCUUCUGAAUACUCUGGUUAAACACUGCAACACCACCUCCUUGUACAAUGGCUUCUCUACCUCUUUUGCAUCGGCAUCUAAGAAAAAGACCAGUCCAUAUGGGGCAGUGGAUACGGAGCGAUACUCUUCUCUUGUCAAGGCAGUCGUGUCUUCGAGAGUCAGUUCUCAGACUCCAGCAUCACUUGAGGAGGAGGAUGAUAAAUUGUACGGCCCAAUAGUAAGAUCAAAAGUGACUUCACCGAAGCCCACGCCUGUUGCGCCAAAGAUUGUCCACCCAAUCAUGAACAAAGUGAAAGACAGCCUUUCUGAAAAUUAUAACUUGGAGAGCCCUGCUCGAUUGUUGCUUCCAAAAGGGCCAGUAAGGUCUACUGUGCCAAGUGUCACUAGGAUUUUGAAACAAACCAUGUCCACGGAGCAGUUAUUCUACCUGGAAAGAUGGAGAAGAAGAAUGAUCGCAGAGCUAGGAGAGGAGGGUUUCAAGGCUUACACUGCAAAUCUUUUCCAGCAAGGGAGGUUAUUUCAUUCUGCACUUGAGAAAGCACUUGUCCCCCCUGAAGCAAAUGAUGACACUGAGCACAAUGAAGACACAGCUGGAUACUUGGAAAGUGUCCAACAUGUACUUGAGGAGAUAAGUGAAGUCAGAGCUAUUGAGAGUGCAGUGCAACACCAGCAUUUGAAUUAUGUGGGCAUUGUGGACUGUGUUGCUCAAUACAGAGGACGAUUGUGUGCGAUUGACUGGAAGACCUCGGAAAAAACCAAACCAUCUCUGCACAACACAUUUGACAACCCAAUCCAGGUUGCGGCAUAUGUCGGGGCCUUGAACAAUGAUGACAACUACAGUUACCAGAUAAAGAAUGGCCUGAUUGUCGUGGCUUACAAAGAUGGCUCGCCAGCUCACCCACACUUCCUUGACUUUGAAAAAGUUUCACUGUAUUGGGAGAAAUGGUUGCUCCGACUUGAAACCUACACAGAAGGUAGUUAACCUCCAAUGCUCCAGCAACCAAGUACUGUACCAACAAAAUGUGUAAUAUCAUGUACAUAAUAUAACUUAAGUUCCAUGUUUUUAGUUAGCUAUUUUUCCAAAUAAACCAUUGGGUGUCUAAAAGAA